AUGGAGGCGGGGGUCAAGCUGGGGAUGCGCUCCAUUCCCAUUGCCACGGCCUGCACCAUUUACCACAAGUUCUUCCGUGAGGCACACCUGGACACCUAUGACCCCUACCUGGUCGCCAUGGCUUCCCUUUACUUGGCUGGCAAAGUGGAAGAGCAGCACCUGCGCAUUCGAGACAUCAUAAAUGUGGCCCACAGGUACUUCUACCCCGGCAGCAAGCCUUUGCAGCUGGAUUCCAGCUUCUGGGAGCUUCGGGACAGCAUUGUUAAGUGUGAGCUACUGGUGCUAAGAGUUCUGCACUUCCAAGUGUCCUUCGAGCACCCACACAAAUAUCUACUCCACUACCUGAUUUCCCUCAAGAACUGGCUGAAUCGGUACAGCUGGCAGCGGACCCCCAUUUCUGUCACUGCCUGGGCACUGCUACGGGACAGCUACCAUGGGGGGCUGUGCCUCCACUUUCGAGCUCAGCAUAUCGCCGUGGCCGUGCUCCAGCUGACCCUGUGGGCUUAUGGGAUAGAGGUGCCUGCUGAGGAGAAUGCGGGGCAGUCGUGGUGGCAGGUGUUUAGUGAGGACCUCACCAAGCCAAUCCUCGAUAGCAUUGUGUCUGAUCUCAUUCAGAUUUAUACCAUGGACACGGAGCUCCCCGAAGGCUCUGGCCCAGGUCUGCCUAAAGAAGAGGGAACACCCAGUCCCCAGGGAAUCAAUUGGGAGGUUUGA